CGGCAGGGGCACAAGUCUGGGGACACUGAACUGUGUCCCUGCCCCAAGUCUUUUCAGCCCCAUUGGCUGCACAGCUCAGAUCUCCUGCUGCGGUCCACAGCUCCACAAUGAUGGCCGAAGAGCACACAGACCUGGAGGCCCAGAUUGUCAAGGACAUCCACUGCAAGGAGAUUGACCUGGUGAACCGAGACCCCAAGAACAUUAACGAGGAUAUAGUGAAGGUGGAUUUCGAAGACGUGAUCGCAGAGCCCGUGGGCACCUACAGCUUCGACGGCGUGUGGAAGGUGAGCUACACCACCUUCACGGUGUCCAAGUACUGGUGCUACCGCCUGCUGUCCACGCUGCUGGGAGUCCCGCUGGCCCUGCUCUGGGGCUUCCUGUUCGCCUGCAUCUCUUUCUGCCACAUCUGGGCGGUGGUGCCGUGCAUUAAGAGCUACCUGAUCGAGAUCCAGUGCAUCAGCCACAUCUACUCCCUCUGCAUCCGCACCUUCUGCAACCCGCUCUUCGCCGCCCUGGGCCAGAUCUGCAGCAACAUCAAGGUGAUGCUGCGGAAGGAAGUGUAAGGCCAGGUGGGGGCGAUGGGGGUGGCGGAGCAGGGGGAGUCAGGCCAGGCUGGCCCCACAGUACUGCUCCGAGGGCCUGCUGGUGAGCGCUUUCUCUCUGGGGACUGCUAUUUCCCCCCAAGAUGGAAGCACACGGUUUAGGGACACCGGAAAGAAAAGACAGGCCUGCCGCAGGACCCCGGUGGCCUUUCGGCGUGUCCCCUGCCCCACCUCGAUGCCCCCGGGGACCGGGAAGGAGGAAAGUGAGUUUGCUAAGAGGCAGCUACUGCAAGUCUUUGCAUCCGCUUGUACUGUCACAGCACAAACCAGCACUAGGUUCCCACCUGCAGUCCACCUGUCCAUGCAUGGCGCCCGGGAGAGCUACCAGCGACUCGUGGCAUUAGGAGGGUGGCUCCAAUAAAGGGUUUUGGCUGCAUUUGGGGAAUGCUGUACUUUGUGUGUGUCCAUAAGGCAGGUGCGUGUCCUGAUGAGCUCCAAAAAUAGUUUGCUGCCCUGAGAAACGAGCGGGGCAAGUUGGUUGGCCCUCCCCUUGGCCAAAUUCAAGAACCAGAACAGUGGGGUUCCUCUUGGGCUUCUUCUUAUUCGCUGGGUUUCUGCUCCGCCAUAUUCCUUAGGCGGUUAUUUCCCAUUGAAUUCUGUUGCUCUGGGCCAGCCAGUGGUCACCAACAGAAGAAAAUGGCCC